GCGCCCGGCCUGUCAGAAAAGCCCCCGCGAGGUGGCGCGGGAGCGCGGGGCUGAUGGCGGCGAGGGCUGAGGGGACGCCCGCGUAGGCCCCAGUGCCAUCCGCCGCCAUCCGCACGCCGCUGGAGCUGCGCUGAGGUGGAGCCGAGCUGUUGUCACCAUGUUUCUCUACAACCUGACGCUGCAGCGUGCCACCGGCAUCAGCUAUGCGAUCCACGGCAACUUCUCGGGGACCAAGCAACAAGAAAUCGUUGUUUCCCGGGGCAAGAUCCUGGAGUUGCUCCGCCCUGAUCCCAACACGGGGAAGGUUCACACCCUGCUGACCGUGGAGGUGUUUGGGGUCAUCCGUUCCCUGAUGGCCUUCAGGCUGACAGGAGGCACCAAGGAUUACAUCGUGGUGGGCAGUGACUCGGGUCGCAUUGUUAUCCUGGAGUACCAGCCCUCCAAGAACGUCUUUGAGAAGAUCCAUCAGGAAACCUUUGGGAAGAGCGGGUGCCGCAGGAUCGUCCCGGGCCAGUACCUGGCUGUGGACCCCAAGGGCCGUGCUGUCAUGAUCAGUGCCAUCGAGAAGCAGAAGCUGGUGUACAUCCUCAACAGGGAUGCUGCUGCCCGCCUCACCAUCUCCUCCCCCCUGGAAGCCCACAAGGCCAAUACCUUGGUCUACCACGUGGUGGGAGUGGAUGUGGGCUUUGAGAACCCCAUGUUUGCCUGUCUGGAAAUGGAUUAUGAGGAAGCAGACAAUGAUCCAACAGGAGAAGCAGCAGCCAACACACAGCAGACACUGACCUUUUAUGAACUGGAUCUGGGUUUGAACCACGUGGUCAGGAAGUACAGUGAGCCCUUGGAAGAGCAUGGCAACUUCCUCAUAACAGUUCCUGGUGGUUCUGAUGGACCCAGUGGGGUGCUGAUCUGUUCUGAAAACUACAUUACUUACAAAAAUUUUGGGGACCAGCCUGAUAUCAGGUGUCCAAUUCCCAGGAGACGGAAUGACUUGGAUGACCCUGAGAGAGGUAUGAUUUUUGUCUGCUCUGCUACACACAAAACCAAGUCCAUGUUCUUCUUCCUGGCCCAAACAGAGCAGGGAGACAUCUUCAAGAUUACUCUGGAGACUGAUGAGGACAUGGUCACAGAGAUCCGACUGAAGUACUUUGACACAGUUCCUGUUGCUGCUGCCAUGUGUGUGCUGAAGACAGGGUUUCUCUUUGUGGCAUCAGAGUUUGGAAACCACUACCUGUACCAGAUAGCUCACCUGGGUGAUGAUGAUGAGGAGCCAGAGUUCUCUUCUGCCAUGCCUCUUGAGGAAGGAGACACAUUCUUCUUCCAGCCACGACCUCUGAAGAACCUGGUGCUGGUGGAUGAGUUGGACAGUUUGUCUCCUAUUCUGUGUUGUCAGAUUGCAGAUUUAGCCAAUGAAGACACCCCCCAGCUGUACGUGGCUUGUGGUCGGGGUCCCCGCUCAUCUCUGAGGGUUCUAAGGCAUGGACUUGAGGUAUCUGAAAUGGCUGUCUCAGAGCUGCCUGGUAACCCCAAUGCUGUCUGGACUGUGAGGAGGCAUGUUGAAGAUGAAUUUGAUGCCUAUAUCAUUGUGUCCUUCGUGAAUGCCACCCUGGUGCUGUCUAUUGGAGAGACUGUAGAAGAAGUGACUGACUCUGGAUUCCUGGGUACUACACCCACCUUGUCCUGCUCUCUCCUUGGUGAUGAUGCUUUGGUACAGGUUUAUCCAGAUGGGAUCCGGCAUAUCCGAGCAGAUAAGAGAGUAAAUGAAUGGAAGACACCAGGGAAAAAAACCAUUGUGAAAUGUGCUGUGAACCAGAGACAAGUGGUGAUAGCACUGACUGGAGGAGAACUGGUGUACUUUGAGAUGGACCCGUCAGGGCAGCUGAAUGAGUACACGGAGAGGAAGGAGAUGUCAGCUGAUGUGGUCUGCAUGAGCCUGGCCAACGUGCCCCCCGGCGAGCAGCGCUCCCGCUUCCUGGCUGUUGGGCUGGUGGACAACACUGUCAGGAUCAUUUCCCUUGACCCGUCGGAUUGUUUGCAGCCCCUGAGCAUGCAGGCCCUGCCUGCACAGCCUGAGUCUCUCUGUAUCGUGGAGAUGGGAGGCACAGAGAAGCAGGAUGAGCUGGGGGAGAGGGGCUCCAUUGGCUUUCUGUACCUGAACAUUGGGCUGCAGAACGGGGUGCUGCUGAGGACUGUCCUGGACCCUGUCACAGGUGACCUUUCUGACACCAGGACCAGGUACCUGGGUUCCAGGCCUGUGAAACUCUUCCGUGUCCGGAUGCAAGGCCAGGAGGCGGUGCUGGCCAUGUCAAGUCGUUCCUGGCUCAGCUAUUCCUAUCAGUCCCGUUUCCACCUGACUCCCUUGUCCUAUGAAACACUGGAGUUUGCCUCUGGGUUUGCUUCUGAGCAGUGCCCUGAGGGCAUUGUAGCCAUCUCCACAAACACACUGAGGAUUUUGGCACUGGAGAAGCUGGGGGCUGUCUUCAACCAGGUUGCCUUCCCCUUGCAGUACACACCCAGAAAAUUUGUCAUUCACCCAGAGAGCAACAACCUGAUCAUCAUUGAGACAGACCACAAUGCUUACACUGAGGCCACCAAGGCACAGAGGAAGCAGCAGAUGGCUGAGGAAAUGGUGGAGGCUGCAGGUGAAGAUGAGAGGGAGCUGGCAGCAGAGAUGGCUGCAGCCUUCCUGAACGAGAAUCUUCCCGAAUCCAUCUUUGGUGCUCCCAAGGCAGGGAAUGGGCAGUGGGCCUCUGUUAUCAGGGUGAUGAACCCCAUCCAGGGAAACACAUUAGAUCUGGUCCAGCUGGAGCAGAACGAAGCUGCCUUCAGCGUGGCUGUGUGCAGGUUCUCCAAUACUGGUGAGGACUGGUACGUACUGGUGGGAGUCGCCAAGGACCUGAUCCUGAACCCCCGCUCGGUUGCUGGGGGGUUUGUCUACACCUACAAGCUGGUGAACAGUGGGGAGAAGCUGGAGUUUCUGCACAAGACCCCUGUGGAGGAGGUCCCUGCAGCCAUUGCUCCAUUCCAAGGGAGAGUUUUAAUUGGAGUUGGAAAACUCCUGCGUGUGUACGACCUGGGCAAGAAGAAACUUCUUCGGAAGUGUGAGAACAAGCACAUUGCCAACUACAUCUGUGGGAUCCAAACCAUUGGGCACAGAGUGAUUGUUUCAGAUGUUCAGGAGAGUUUCAUCUGGGUGCGCUACAAAAGGAACGAGAACCAGCUCAUCAUCUUUGCUGAUGACACUUACCCCCGGUGGGUCACCACAGCAACUCUCCUGGAUUAUGACACCGUGGCUGGAGCAGACAAGUUUGGCAACAUCUGUGUGGUGAGACUGCCUCCCAACACCAACGAUGAGGUAGACGAGGAUCCCACAGGCAACAAAGCCCUCUGGGACAGAGGCCUGCUGAAUGGAGCCUCCCAGAAGGCUGAAGUGAUCAUGAAUUACCACGUGGGAGAGACCGUGCUUUCCUUACAGAAGACCACACUGAUCCCAGGAGGCUCUGAAUCUCUUGUCUACACCACCCUGUCAGGGGGCAUAGGGAUCUUGGUCCCUUUCACUUCCCACGAGGAUCAUGAUUUCUUCCAGCAUGUGGAAAUGCACCUGAGGUCUGAGCACCCUCCUCUCUGUGGACGCGACCAUCUCAGUUUCCGCUCCUACUACUUCCCAGUGAAGAAUGUGAUCGAUGGGGACCUGUGUGAGCAGUUCAACUCCAUGGAGCCCAACAAACAGAAAAAUGUGGCUGAAGAGCUGGACAGGACCCCACCUGAGGUGUCCAAGAAGCUGGAAGACAUCCGCACACGCUACGCUUUCUGAGUGGCAGCUGGCAGGAGCAGAGCUUCUUGCUGGGCUCCUAUGGACACUCAUCCAAGUGCCGUUGGCAGGAGGAAUCUCUGCUUUUUUUUUUUUUUUCCUUUUUAAAUAUUGGUUUGCUCCUUUUGGUUUAUGUUUCAGAGUAAUGUGACACCAGUAAAUGCAGUAAUUGGGUUGUAGGUCUCCCCAACACAUCCCGCUCUCAUGUGAAGGCUCCUGAUGUGUUCUGGGAUGCAGCCAGAGAGAGAUUCCCUCUUGGGAAGUACCUGAGGGAGGCUGCAGGCUGCCCCUCAGCCCCAGCUCCUUGCCCCCCACCUCCUCCACCCCUAGGACUGGGCUAGCCCCAGGGUGUCUUGUGCUGCCCUGUAGGGCAGAUGCAGCUGAGCCUUCUUAGGAUCAAGUGGGUUUUGCAAUUUCCCAGCUUUUGGGCAGAGGAAAAGGGCUGUGGCAGGACUCAGGCUUACCAAGCUCCUUUUAGUAGUCAGUGGCUAGAAGCUCUGGGCUUCCACUAGCCCUGGCAGCCACUGCUGGGAAGCCUGGGUUGUGUGAAGGGGGUGUAACCGUCACGCUUGUCUUGACUGUUUUCUUCUGAAUUGCGAGGGGUUUUUUGGACUCGCCGUUUCUGACUGUUUUCCCUGUAAAUAGAGUUUUGUACAAUGUUGACUCUCCUGGGGGUGGGGGGAGAGCGAGGCCUGAGGCCGGGACUUGAUUUGUUUCAUAAUAACUUUGGCUAGAGCCCUGUCUCGGAGCUGUGCCUGCGAGCAGCACAUGAGGAAUAAAAGCUUGUUUUUUUACCGAG